AUGUACGGUGAUUUAGGUAGUAAGCUUGUACUAGAAGCCAAAAGAGCUCAACAAUUGAAUAGAAGCUCGGGAGCAGAACAAUUGCCCAUGUUUCAGGAUGAACUCAUAAGAAAUAUCAUCAAAGAAGUCGGCCAACUGUCAAAGUCUGCCGAAUAUUUGACCGCUCAACAGGAAGAAACGGGUUUCCAGGACAAAGUGGCACGCUGCCAGUAUUUUGUGACACUUCUCUGCAUCGAGAGGAAUAAGCGAUGUCUCCUAGCAUACCAAAAGUUGCGCAGCGAUGCCCUGGACACUUUUACCUGGAAUAGAAACGGGAUUGACCCGAUAUCGUCUCUCAAUGCAGCUCAUCAGGGGAGUGCAAACUUGUCUCAUCACGAACAGGAAUAUCUAAAGGAAUACGCUCAAUUGGUCACGGAUAUGAAGAGCGGGGAUUACACAGACAUCGAUCUUUCGGGCAGUCUGACACCUCCUAGCGAUGUGUUCAUCGAUGUACGGGUCCUUAAAGACGCGGGGGAGAUCCAGACUGAGUAUGGCGUAUUCAAUUUGAUCAAGGAUUCGCAGUUUUUCGUUAGACAGGCAGAUGUCGAAAGAUUAAUCCAGCAAGGCUACCUACAGAAACUUUAA